CUCCUGAAACGGCAUGGGUGUCAACAAUUCUUCAUCUAAUGAAAAUUAAGUGUUCUGUUGUAAUAUUGCGUUCAUUAAAUUUCUACCUGACUGCACACAUUAGAUAACAAUGAAGUUAAAAGUCAAACCUCUAUCUCAUAAAUCGGAAAAUACUUUCCGGUUUCUUACAUUUUCCGAGAGACUUGCAAAUGUUAAUAUAGAUGUGAUCCAUCGUAUUGAUCGGACGGGAAGUUAUUCUGAGGAGGUAGACACCUACUUUUUCGAAGGCUUAACAAAAUGGAGGGACCUGAAUUUAACAGACCACUUCACUACCUUUCUGAAGGAUGUGGCACACAAGUGUCAGUCUUUCAAUAUGUUAGUCUUCCACCAAAACUCUAUAGUGGAAAAUCUGAAGACGCAUCUGUCAGUGAAAAAUAGCAUGGCAUACCAACCUCUCCUGGAUCUUGUAGUGCAGCUUGCCCGGGACCUCCAGACGGACUUUUACCCUCACUUUCCCGACUUUUUCGUCAUCAUCACUCUGUUGCUCGAGACACAGGAUACUGAGGUGCUGGAAUGGACCUUUACCUGCCUGUCUUACCUGUACAAGUACCUUUGGAGGCUGAUGGUCAAGGAUAUGGACAAGAUAUAUAGUCUUUACAGUAAACUUCUGGCACACAAAAAAGAGCACAUCCGAAACUUUGCAGCAGAGAGCUUCUCGUUUCUAAUGAGGAAGGUUCCAGAUUUUGAUGCUUUGUUCACACUGAUGUUCACCGACCUGGCGGAGCACGUUCAAAAGGCCAAGGGUGUGGGACAGCUCAUCUUUGAGAUGUGCAGAGGAGUCCGCAACAUGUUCCAUUCCUGUGCCAAAACAGCUUUGCCAGUAGUUCUGAGAAAAGUUGGUCAAAGUGCUGAGGGGGUCAUUGCCCUCCCCUGGGAUGCUGUUAAAGAAGCCCUGGAUCACAUGGCUGAGUCCUCAGUCAAUUAUGUUGAGAAGGAGCACUUACUGGUCCUUUGGGAUUCAUUGCAGGCGUGUGUGAUGGAACUGCUGCCAAGGCUGGAGGCGCCCGACUCGGAGCAGGCUAGCGCGCACAUGGAGGGGAUACUUGUCAUCUACCACACACUCAUAGAGCACCAUAAAGGCGCUAAGGUCACCAAGCCAGAGUCUGUGUGUGAGAUGCUGGUGCAGUUGGUCCAGACUGCAGGCCUGUCCUAUCCCUGCCACGGCUUGCUGCUGCAGGUGGUCUCUUCCUUCCUGCUGGGAGAGAACAUGACCCUGCCAGCCAGCAUGUCCCAGGAACUGGUGAAACAGGUCUUCACCAGUGGAGCAGAUCAGGAUCUCAUUCUGUCAUUUUCCAAGGAGAUGUUCGAUAUGAAACAAUUUGAGCAGCUGUUCCUGCCCUGUCUGCUGCAAUUCGUGGAGCACCUGUUCUGCAGCGAAGACUCUGGCAGCAGGCUGCCGGCCAUGGAGCUUCUUGUGCGGCUGAUCCUGGCCAAAGCAUGCCCUCCCACCGACGGCUCUAUGGCCUUCGAGAAGUAUCCUCUGCUCUUCACUGGACAGCCUGUGGGGGGCAGUGACGUGGAGAAGGCAUGGCCAGGGUGCGUUCCAAAGCUCAUCCUCUCGCUCAUAGACAUCCCGGAGGAGAAGCCGCUGUUGGAUCUCUCGCAGCCCUGGGCCGCUCUGGUGCUGUUGCCGCACCUCAGGCCCAUGGAAGCAUCUACAGUGAUUCCUUCUAUCACCGCUCUUUUGAACAGAUUGCUACGUGAGGUGCACAGUGAAACCCUCGGGAAAGGAGGGUUGUUUGUGGCGAGGCAGGCCCUAACCACUCUGCUGAGCUUCAAAGAAACGGCACAGGUUCUCUCCCUACUCCCAGAUGAGCUGGUCAGGCGUGUCCUAGAGAAGUUCCCCACUGACCUCUCUGCACUGCUGUUAGCUGAUCUAUACUACACCAGACUGUCUCUCAAUGGCUGCUCCACCCAGCUAUCCCACAAUUCCUUAUUGGGACUGUAUCAAAUUUUGCAUUCCAAUUUUUCCUCCAAUAUAUCCAAGAUUCGCCUCUUGACCCUGAGAAUCAUGUCACACUUCGAGGCCGAGCUUCCCAGACCAGCAGAGGGCGAGGAGGGCUCGGGUGCACAGAGCGUGUUCGCCAUCUGCCUGCAGGCCGAGCAAGUCCCAGCUACGGUGCAGGACUACCGCGAGAAGCUCCUGCACCUCCGCAAACUGCGCCAAGAUCUUGUGCGACCCCAACUUCCCUGCGGGCCCUUCCAGCAGGUUCCGUUGCGGUAUCUCAUCGCGAUGCUGUUCAUUAAUUUCAGACCGUUGUGGGAUGCCAUCAUCGAACUGCUCACGACCCAUGCCAGAGAAAUGGACAACAAGGAAUUCUGGACUGUUUACUAUGAACAUUUGGAGAUGGUCGCUGGUCUGGCUGAGAAUGAGCUCCUGGAUGAGGAGGAUGAUGAGGGUGGUAAUCCAGACAAAAGAACAGGGCAGAGGUGCAGCUCGGGGGCAGACGUGAUCGCUAGCGGCGACGUCGGGGUUCUGUUUCUGGAGCAGCUGGAGCAGGCAGACAUUCCCAGCGACCGCACGGACUUCUCCAACUUCCGCAGCCUGCUGUGGAGAGCUAUGGCCCGGUUCCCUGAGCAAGUGGAACGCCGCAGCCGAGAGCUCAGCCCGCUGCUGCUGCGCUUCGUCAGGAAUGAGUUCUAUCCAGCCGACCUUCUGGUGGCUCCCACACAGAACCUGAGAAGAAGGAGCUGCUCCUCAGCAGAGCAAGACAUGCCCGUCGCUGACAAGGAGGACAUCGACAUGAGGGAGGAGGAGGAGGAGGAGGAGCAAGAGGAACAGUCCAAACAAACAGAGAGAAAAUUACCAAGAAGAGCUGCAGCCAAGCAGCUCAUAGCUCACCUGAAGCUCUUCGCCAAGUUCACCAACCCCAGAGCGUUGUAUCUGGAGCCUGAGCUCCAGGACCUGUACACGCAGCUCCUGUGCCACAAGGACCAGCAGAUCCAGAAAGCUGCUCUGGACUGCGUGAUGACGUACAGAGACCCUUGCGUCCUGCCUUACAGAGAGAAUCUGGAGAGGCUGUUGGACGACAAGCACUUCAAAGACGAGAUCGUCCACUUCAACAUCUCUGAGGAGGGAGCUGUGGUGCUGGCCUCACACCGGCCCAAACUCAUCCCUGUGCUAAUGAGGAUUCUAUAUGGGCGCAUGCGCACCAAGGCUGGCAGCAGGUUCCAGGGCAAGGCGACCACGGCCUCUCGCUCCUCCAUUGUCCUGCGCUUCCUGGCAGGCUGCCAGCCUGAGGAGCUGGCCAUGUUCAUGGAGCUGCUGAUGGAGCCCGUCAGCCAUCACAACCAAGGCACGUGCCUGGCGGCGGUGGAACGGGCCUUGACGGGGACGGAUGCCACGGCUGUCCUCCCGUUGGGCCGCCAGCAUGGCCUGCUCAAUGUCGUGGAGGUGGUGCUCCACAAACUGGGCCACCUGCUCCACGCCUACCUGCCUAAGCUGCUGCAGAUCGUGCUGGCUGGCACGGCUUCCGUCAGCUCCCUGCUGGAGCGCAGGGUGCAGCUUAAGGUCGGCUGUAUCAACCCUCUGAAGAACCUCAGGAGACUCGGCCUGCUGCGUAUCCAGGACUUCUUCGACAACUUCGAUACAUACAGCUUCACCACAGACGAACUUGAUGCCGUGUUCCAUGCUGUGGUCUGGCCUCAGAUAUGCCGUUUGCCCUCAGAAAGCCCCUAUGCUCCCACUCCUCUCCUUAAGCUCAUUCACGUCUGGAGCAAGAACGCCAGGUACUUCCCUUUGCUGGCCAAGCAGAGACCUGGCCACUCCGAGUGCGACGUCCUUCUCAACGUCUUCGCCCUGCUGUCCUCCAAGAACGUCUCUGCCAGCACGGCGGCCUUGGUGAUGGACAUGUGCGAGAGCUUGCUGACCACGUCUGACUUCACGCCCUCUGAGAACGAGACAGAGCUGAGCGUCAGCGGAUGUGCCGUCCCGGAGCCAUCCUGCCGAUUGGACGACGCCACAGACUCUCUGACUGUAGGUUCCAGGUUGCUCUUGCCUCAUAUCCCAGCCCUGCUUCAGUACCUCAGCGGAGUCGUGCUCAACUCCGAUCGCAUCAAAAAGAAGAAGUUCCGAGCUCAAGUCAGCAAGGAGCUUAACAUCCUCUCCAAGAUCAGCCAGUUUGUCACUGACAAGGAACAGAGCUCAACACUGAUCAGUCUUCUGCUGCCAUACCUACACAAGCCAAAGAUCGCUUCGGAGACGGAGUUGGACAUUCUGAGCACUGUGCAGAACCUGCUGAGGCAGUGUUCAGAUCCCAGUGUUUUCCUGAAGCCUCUCAGCAGGCUCUUCUCCAACACGCAGGCCAAGCAGUCACGCCAGGCCCUGUGCCACGUCUUCCAGACUCUGUCUGAACUGGACGGUGAACUGAAGUACAUCACUGAUGAUGUACUUAAGCUCAAUGCCUUUGACAGCCGGCAUCUGGAUGAGAUCCACUUCGAUGUGCGACUGACAGCCUUUCAGGAGAUCAUUAAACGCAUCAAAGAGAUGACCGUGCUGGACAUGAGAUGCCUCACCGCUGUCAUGCACAACUGCUUCUACUCCUUUGAAAUUGGGGAUAUGUCUUUGGCAGACAGUGCCACCCUGUGUCUGUCAGCUAUAAUUACACAGCUGGAUGCAGUGGGCUGUCCUGAACAGGAAUACAAAGAGAUUGUGCAGUAUACUGUACUAGAUGCAGUAAGACGGGGACUGAAGAGCAAAACAGAGAGUGUGAGGGGCGAUUACACCUCGGUCCUGGCCUGCCUGGUCAAAACCUUCCCCGGCCGCACCGAGUUCCGGGACCUGGUGCAGCUGACGAACUACACCGAUCCCGAAUCCGACUUCUUUGAGCACAUGAAGCACAUUCAGAUCCACCGCAGGGGACGAGCCCUCAGGAGGUUGGCCAGGCAGCUGACGGAGGGCACCGUGGUCAUGUCAUCCCGCUCCAUGCAGAACUACAUCAUGCCCUAUGCCACAAUCGCACUGUUCGAUGACAAACUACUCAAGCAUGAAGCCAUGACGACAGCGGCGGUGGAAGUGAUCGGCGCGGUGUGCAGGCGCCUGACCUGGUCCAAGUACCUCUACUACCUCAAGCAUUUCAUCCACGUGCUGCAGAUGGGACUAGCAGAGCAGAAGCUGGCUGUCAGUUUGCUGGUGACCAUCCUGGAGGCUUUCCACUUUGACCACGAAACACUGAGCAAAGAAAUCGAGGCGUCCAAGAACAAGAAGUCGGACGAGGCAAGGACGGCGGUGGGGGAGGAGGAAGAGGAGGGGGAGCGAGCGGAAGCCAUAGACUCGGAAGACAGCGAUGCCGAAGACGCCAUGGAAACCGGUGCCACGCAGACGUGUGCCGGCAAUUCACCCAAGCCGGAAGGGGACGCGGAGGACCGCCCGAAGAGAGUACCCCCUGCCAUCAGCAGCGGCCUUCCGCGGAGCAGAGAGGAGCUGGAGGCUCUCCUCUCCUCCAUCCACAGCACCGUCACACAGAGCAUCCUGCCCAGGCUUCACAAGUGCCUGACUGCCAAGGUGAAGAGAGACGACGAGCAUAAGAUGGUGAAAUCGAAAGACGUGAAGGAUGAAGAGGUGGCCAGAGUGCCCAUCGCUUUUGCCAUGGUCCGACUCAUGCAGACCCUCCCGCAGGAAGUUAUGGAAGACAACUUGCCUGGGGUUCUCCUGAAAAUCUGCGUCCACCUGAAGAGCCGCUUCCAGGAAAUCCGGGAUGUUGCGCGCGGCACUCUGGUGAAGAUCAUCGAGGCCUUGGGGCAUCGCUACCUGCAGUAUCUACUCCGAGAGAUGCAGGGUGUCCUUGUGAAGGGUUAUCAGGUCCAUGUGCUGACCUUCACUACGUACCACCUGCUCUCGAUCCUGAGGCCGUCGUUGAAGGCGGGAGACCUCGACCCUUGCUUGGACUUGCUUGUUGAGAUCUUCAACAAUGAGCUGUUUGGGUCCGUCGCUAAGGAGAAGGAAAUCAAAGGCAUCGUUUCCAAAGUGAUGGAGGCGCGCCACAGCAAGAGCUCGGACUCGUAUGAGCUGUUGGCCCAGUUCUGCAGCCAGGACCGUGUCACCCAGCUGAUUGUGCCACUCAAAGAGGUGCUACAGAACACGGCCAGCCUGAAGGUGUCCAGGCGCGUGCACAGCGUCUUGAGGAGAGUGGUUGCAGGUCUCCUGAUGAACCCCAGCAUGACCCCGCAGUCCAUCCUGUUACUGAGCCAUGGUCUGGUCAGCCAGAGCUUGCCCCUCAUCACCAGCAAGAGCAAAGAGAAGCCUGCUGUUCCUCUGGACCCCCGCCUGCCUCCGCCCAGCUGCCUCCUGCUGCCCCCCACCCCAAAGAGAGGAGGCCAGCGAGCCGCCAUCAGCAGCAAGACCAACAUGCACAUCCUAGUGGACACAGGACUCAGUCUGCUCCACUGUAGUUUGAAAAACUCCAAGGUCAACUCCUCUGUGGCAUCCAUACGGGAGAUGCUGGACCCGUUUGUCUCCCUGCUGCUUGACUGUCUUGGCUCCAUGCACGUCAAGGUGAUCACGGAGGCUUUGCAGGCUUUCAUCUGGGUGCUGAAGUUUCCCCUGCCUGCUGUGGGGCACAACGCCGAACAACUUACCAAGCAGUUGUUUGUCCUGCUUAAAGACUUUGCAAAAGCAGGUGCAGGGCGCGGGGAGAACUUCCAGCUCGUCCAGAACUGCUUCAAGGCCAUUGCCGUCCUAGUGAAGAGUGUGAUGAUCCACCGUAUCUCAGAUACACAGCUGCAAGUCCUUCUGGGAUAUGCCGAGGAAGACAUCUAUGAUGAUUCCCGUCAAGCCACCGCAUUUGGCCUGCUUAGGGCGAUCCUUUCCAGGAAGCUGGUGGUGCCUGAGAUGGAGGAAGUGUUGAAGAAAGUGGCCAAGCUGUCCAUAAAUGGGGGGAACGAGCAGGUCCGCGUUCGCUGCAGGCAGAUCUACUUGAAGUAUCUCAUGGAUUAUCCGCUGGGGAAGAAGCUCAGGAGUCAUUUUGACUUCAUUGUUGCCCAGCUCAGUUAUGAGUAUGACACAGGAAGACAGUCUGCCCUUGAGAUGAUGGCCUUCAUUUUCCAAACAUUCCCUCAGCCACUUCUGUUGGAGCACUGUGGUCUAUUCUUUGUGCCUUUGUCCCUGGCAAUGGUUAAUGAUGACUCAUCACGCUGUAAGAAAAUGGCCUCCCUUGCCAUCAAGUCUUUGUUGGGGCAGCUAGAUGUGAAGCACCAAAACUCCAUGUUUACCUUGGUCAACAGCUGGCUCACUGGAGAGAAGAUGGCUCUGCGGAGGCUGGGGGCUCAGGUGUGUGGACUUUUUGUAGAAGUGGAAGGGGAAAGAUUUAAUUGCAGGAUGGACUCUCUUCUGCUUAUUAUUGAGAAAGAAAUCCACACUGCCAAUUUUGAGGAUAUUGAGGAAGAAGACGACGAGAAAGCAGCCGACAAGCUCCUCUUCUGCUUCCUCACCCUCAUCAUCAAGCUCAUCAAAGACUGUGGAUUCUUGGAGCUCCACAAACCUGCUGACACACUCCAAAGCAUCUGGGAUCACAUUGAUGCCCACCUCCGCUACCCCCACUCCUGGGUAUGGCUUACCGCUUCUCAGAUCUUUGGCCUGCUGUUUGCUGAGCAGAAAGUGGAGGAGCUGGUGUCUGUAUGGCAGUCUCAGGGAAAUGCCUGCAAGACUAGCCAGUCUGUGGCCACUUCCUUCCUCUCAACCAACCUGGACAAGAAGAUGAGGGAGCUGGUCCUGUCGUUCUGCCACCAGCUGCAGUCGAAGUUCCUGGACUUGACUGCAGGAGAGCAGGUAAUCAAGAACCUGCUCUUUGUGGCCAAGGUGAUCUACCUUAUCUCGCCUGAGUCCAACUCUGUAGAAAAGGAGAAAGUGGAAGGGAGGUUAGAAGAUGAAGGGAGUGAGGGCAAAAUGGAAGAGGAGAAGGAGGGUGAGGAGUGGCAACAGGGUGAAGAGGAGGAGGAAGAAGAGGAGGAGGAGAAUCGGCCACCUUCUCUGCUCUGGGUGAUCAAGAAGCUCUCGCUGCUGGCUAAGAGAGAGGCAGCCAACACCCCCAAAGUGCCACUGAAGAGAACGUGUGUGUUUAAGUUCUUAGGAGCCAUAGCUGUUGACUUGGGCAAAGAGUGCCUGGCUCCCUACCUGACUACUAUCAUUGCUCCACUCUACAGAGAACUGGACAGCACAUACGCAGACCAAGACCCCACACUAAAGAACCUGGCCCAGGAGCUCAUUGAGCUGCUAAAAAAGCUGGUAGGCUUGGAGAAGUUCUCACUCGCCUUUGCCGCCGUGCAGAAGCAGGCCACGCAAAGACGAGCUUCACGCAAGAAACUAAGGGCCCUGCAGGCUGUUGCUAAUCCUGACAUUGCAGCUAGGAAAAAGAUCAAGAAGCACCAGAAGAAAACUGAGGCAAAGAAGAGAAAAAUUGAAUUUUUGCAGCCAGGGCACAAAGCAAAGAAACACAAAGGCAAUUCACUGAGGGACUUGGCAAUGGUACAGUGAUAUCUCUCCUGGUUAGGGGGACUGGCUUUAUUAAAUGCUGGUCAAACUAAGACAAAACAUGCAGAUGGGAAACAUGGACCAAUGUCUUAGUGGUAAAUGGUUUUACAAUCAGAUGUAGACAGUGACAAUAUCACAUGCGUAUUGCUGUAUGGAUCUGUGCAGUUGAUUUGUACAAUGCUUUUAUGAAAAGAAAGGCAAAAACACACUGCUGUCUUAGGCAAAAUUACUAUAAGGGGGCCUAAAGCAUGAAGUAUGGCCCAUGGUUCUGGUUCUUGGUGAACAAGGGGGCAGGGCCAGGUCAUUGGUGAAAUAAAUUAACCAUAACCUUGUGGGGGAGGGGGAGAACUGCAUAAGAUAAUGAUUUUUCUUAUCUGAAAGGACACUUGCAUACCUUCAGCAAAAUAAAGGCAGGGAAAGUCAUCCCCACUGCAGGUCAGAGAUGGGGCUGCAUGAUAUCAGCCAUAACACAGUGUAAACCAAUAUGCAAGCAUACAUCAGCCAAGAAAUUAGAUACUAUAGAUUUAUUUCUGAGUUAAUGAAUCCCAGUCACAACAGUACUGUCUACUGGCGAUGCCUGGAUAUAAAUAUGCAGUGACAAAUUACUGGUGGUUUUAAAUAACAUCCUCUACACUACCAAAGUAAGCAAAGACUGAUUUAAGUGUUCAAGA